GGGGAGCGACCUCCUCGGCAGCCGCUGCCGCCGCCGCCRCSGCUUUGGGUCACCGGGGGCUCUCCUCGGGCCAGCUACUCGCUCAGCGGGUCCUCGACCACUCCCUGAGGCGCGGGCUCAGGCGGUCGCGCAGACGAGGACGCCCUGGGCGCCCCCCGCGGGCCGCCGCCUCCCUCGGCGCGCGGGGCCGGCAUGGAGCUCUUCCAAGCCAAGGACCACUACAUCCUGCAGCAGGGCGAGCGCGCGCUAUGGUGCAGCCGCCGCGACGGCGGCCUCCAGCUCCGACCGGCUACUGAUCUACUUCUUGCCUGGAAUCCCAUUUGUUUGGGAUUGGUAGAAGGUGUUAUUGGGAAAAUUCAACUUCAUUCAGAUCUCCCAUGGUGGCUUAUUCUAAUUCGGCAGAAAGCAUUGGUGGGCAAACUCCCAGGAGACCAUGAAGUCUGUAAAGUUACCAAAAUUGCUGUGAUAUCACUUUCAGAAAUGGAACCUCAGGAUCUGGAGCUAGAGCUCUGUAAGAAGCAUCAUUUUGGGAUUAACAAACCAGAGAAGAUUAUACCGUCUCCUGAUGACUCAAAGUUUCUACUGAAGACCUUUACGCAUAUUAAAUCCAAUGUGUCUGCUCCUAAUAAAAAGAAAGUUAAGGAAAGUAAAGAAAAGGAGAAGUUGGAGAGAAGAUUACUUGAAGAGUUGCUAAAGAUGUUUAUGGAUUCAGAAUCCUUUUAUUAUAGCUUGACUUAUGACCUGACCAAUUCCGUGCAGAGACAGAGCACUGGGGAGAAGGACAGCCGUCCUCUCUGGCAAAAGGUUGAUGACCGAUUUUUCUGGAAUAAAUAUAUGAUACGAGAUCUUACUGAGAUUGGUAUGCCAGAUGUGGACUUUUGGAUUAUCCCCAUUAUCCAAGGUUUUGUGCAGAUUGAAGAACUUGUGGUUAAUUAUAAUGAAUCAUCUGAUGAUGAGAAAAGCAGCCCAGAGACCCCCCCACAGGAGUCCACCUGUGUAGAUGACAUUCACCCACGAUUUCUAGUGGCUCUCAUUUCACGGCGGAGUAGGCACAGAGCAGGAAUGCGCUAUAAACGAAGAGGAGUGGAUAAAAAUGGAAAUGUUGCAAAUUAUGUGGAGACUGAGCAAUUAAUUCAUGUUCAUAAUCAUACCCUGUCAUUUAUUCAAACACGAGGCUCGGUGCCUGUCUUUUGGAGCCAAGUUGGGUAUCGAUAUAAUCCAAGACCUCGGCUGGACAAAAGUGAAAAGGAAACUGUUGCCUAUUUCUGUGCCCAUUUCGAAGAACAACUGAAAAUUUACAAAAAACAGGUUAUUAUUAACUUGGUAGACCAGGCAGGAAGAGAGAAGAUUAUUGGGGAUGCUUACCUUAAACAAGUGCUGCUCUUUAACAACUCACAGCUCACUUACGUUUCCUUUGACUUCCAUGAGCAUUGCCGAGGAAUGAAGUUUGAGAAUGUUCAAACCCUAACAGAUGCCAUUUAUGACAUUAUUCUUGACAUGAAAUGGUGUUGGGUUGAUCAAGCUGGGGUAAUAUGUAAACAAGAAGGGAUUUUUCGAGUUAAUUGCAUGGACUGUCUGGAUCGCACCAAUGUGGUCCAAGCUGCCAUCGCACGAGUGGUCAUGGAACAGCAGCUGAAAAAAUUAGGUGUGAUGCUCCCGGAGCAGCCAUUACCUGUGAAGUGUAAUCGAAUCUACCAGAUAAUGUGGGCUAACAAUGGUGACUCCAUUAGCAGACAGUAUGCUGGGACAGCUGCUCUGAAGGGUGACUUUACAAGAACAGGGGAAAGGAAAUUAGCAGGAGUUAUGAAAGAUGGAGUUAACUCAGCAAAUAGGUAUUACCUCAAUCGGUUUAAGGAUGCUUAUAGGCAAGCUGUUAUAGAUUUGAUGCAAGGCAUUCCAGUGACAGAAGAUCUUUAUUCCAUAUUUACUAAGGAGAAAGAGCAUGAAGCUUUGCAUAAGGAAAAUCAGAGAAGCCACCAGGAACUAAUUAGUCAGCUCUUACAAAGUUACAUGAAGUUACUACUGCCUGAUGAUGAGAAAUUCCAUGGGGGCUGGGCACUCAUUGAUUGUGAUCCCAGCCUCAUUGAUGCUACUCAUAGAGAUGUGGAUGUGCUGCUACUGCUUUCUAACUCUGCCUACUACGUGGCCUAUUAUGAUGAUGAAGUUGAUAAAGUAAGCCAAUAUCAACGAUUGAGUCUAGAAGGCCUGGAAAAAAUAGAAAUAGGUCCUGAACCCACACUCUUUGGUAAACCAAAGUUCUCCUGCAUGCGACUGCACUACAGAUAUAAAGAAGCAAGUGGUUAUUUCCAUACACUGAGAGCUGUAAUGCGUAAUCCAGAAGAAGAUGGAAAAGAUACCCUUCAGUGCAUUGCAGAGAUGCUUCAGAUAACCAAGCAGGCUAUGGGAUUGGAUGUACCUAUAAUUGAGAAAAAACUUGAGAGGAAGAGCAGUAAACCUCACGAAGACAUCAUUGGUAUCAGAUCUCAAAACCAAGGCUCUUUGGCCCAGGGGAAGAAUUUUUUAAUGAGCAAAUUUUCAUCUCUAAAUCAAAAAGUGAAGCAGACCAAAUCCAAUGUAAAUAUUGGCACCCUUCGAAAGUUAGGAAACUUCACGAAACCUGAAAUGAAAGUUAACUUUCUAAAACCAAAUUUAAAAGUCAAUCUUUGGAAAUCAGAUAGUAGUCUUGAGACUUUGGAACACUCAGGAGUGAUGGACAAUAAGGUCCAGGCAGAGUCUGAUGGGGACAUGUCUUCAGAUAAUGACUCGUACCACUCUGAUGAAUUUCUUACAAAUUCCAAGUCUGAUGAAGACAGGCAGCUAGCUAAUUCUUUAGAGAGUGUAGGGCCAGUAGAUUAUGUUCUUCCUAGUUGUGGUAUUAUUGCUUCAGCACCUCGAUUAGGCAGUCGAUCCCAGUCUAUCAGCAGCACCGAUGUUAGCAUUCAUGCUCUUUCAGACAUUACUGUUGCUCAUGGAAGUGGGCUUGGAAAAGGCCGGGUGUCUCCUUUGAAAAAAAGUCCUUCUGCUGACAAUAUACAUAUAUUGACUGGUUUUGCCAAGCCUGUGGAUAUUUAUUGCCACAGAUUUGUGCAAGAUGCACAAAACAAAAUGACGGAGCUAUCAGAGAUCAGGUGUGUGUCUCAGCAAGCUAGUGAGGAAGGAAAUCAUAUGAGCAAUCAGGUUUCUAAUGAAGAAACCAAAUCAGAAUCAGCAGAACUAAUACCUUCUCGACCAUCUCAAUUAGAUGUGUCUUUUUCUGCAACAGGCCCGCAGUUUUUGUCAGUUGAACCAGUGCACUCUGUUAUAUUUCAAAAGACCCCUGGUUCUGGUUCAGGCAUGUUGGAACUUGAGUCAGGGCUUCAUGUAACUCCUUCUCCUUCAGAGAGCAGUAGCAGCAGAGCAGUCUCUCCCUUUGCAAAGAUUCGCAGUUCCAUGGUCCAGGUUGCUAGUAUUACACAAGCUGGGUUAACCCAUGGCAUAAACUUUGCAGUAGCUAAAGUUCAGAAGAGUCCUGCAGAGCCAGAAGUAGUUAACGAAGUCCAGCAAAAGGAACUUAAAAAUAUGUUUACACAAUGCCAGACACGAAUAAUUCAGAUUUAGAUUUUGGCCACAAAGAAGCCUUUGGCUUUUAU